GGGGGAGGCGAUAAGGCUGCGCCUGCACCAGUCUCCAUCACCAGCUUCAGGUGUGCCCCUCUCACUGCUUGCGCUCCUCUACAUCUGCCGAAGCAAAGUUACACACAGCACCACCAACAGCUCGUUCUCAUCCCAGUAACAGACCAAACAUUGCCUCGUAGUGUGGUGUGACGUAGAGCCUCCACCGCGAAGGACCGUAGACCCCAAUGUCUGGGUGAGCGGAGCUUAGCCCAUAGUGAUAGUGAGUUGUCAAGGCUACUAAAAAGGAAACCUUUUCUUUGCGGUUCAGGAGGAUGGCGAAGACGGGCAUGAGGGCGACGGUGGUCACCUUGCUGCUACAGUCUGUUCUUCUACAAGCUCAACAGAUCCUAUGGGACACCUUGACCACCGCAGCUCCGCAAGAUUGGAAACGCGUCACCCUCUUCGACGAGGAGCUAGACACCGAGGGGCAACUCACUGUGUCUAAGGACAGUCCUUACUGCAACUGGAAGACGGUCAUGGGCCCCAUUUGCAACUUCAACGAGACCGACCAGGUGGUGGUGGUGGUCCCGCCCGGCCUGAGCCUCUCCGCCGGCCAGCUGGAGCUGGAGGUCCACGGCGCCAAGGUGGUCCACGUCUUCCCGACCUGCGUCUCCUGGAUACAGGUCUUCACCGCCGGCCUCGUCAACACCUUCCCUUCUCAGAGCUGGCACAUUUUGGAGAGUCACUUGGGGUUCAUCGCGACUGGAGGGAUAACAUUUUAUGCUCGGGAGAUGUCGGUCAUCAACACGACCAUCUCUCACAUGGCGCCACACGCCCUCACCAUCGUCAUCGGCGCUGUAUCCUUCACCAACGUUACCAUCGAGAUCCUGGAGAUGAACGCCAUCAUUAUGACAACACCCGUGGGGUUCCUGAGCAUGACUAACGUGACCAUCACGUCGGCCUUAGCUCCUUGUUUCGUGUUGCCGGAUAAGGACAGGAUCUCACUCACCAACGUGACCAUACAAGGGACGCCUCUCAACGUCUCCUCCUCGUACUUUAAGUUCCGCGACGACGAGUUAAUCAAAGCAAAUGUCUCCAAUAUCCAAAUAGAAACUUUAACCGAGAGCUGCUCCAGCAACGGUACAACCCUCACCUGCGACCUCUCCAACGUCAACCGAACGGUUGAGGUGCGGGGUGCCGGUGUCAAAAAUUAUCGUAUAUUGGACUUCCACAACUGCCGGGCCCUGAAGGUCAUAUCGCUCCCCUGUGGGACGGAGCUGCGUCUCAACGCCACCAGUGCCGCGCUCUCUCGUGUCUUCCCCGUUAUCUCCGAGGACUCCACCUCCUGCAGCAUCAACCUGACGGUCAGGCACUCCAAGCUCAACGUGGUGUCGGUGGCUCACAUCAGUACCAUGAACGUCUCCCAUAGCAUCAUAAGGAGGCUCCACGGGGGCCAGCUGGACAACCUGAUGAUGGAGAACGUGACGGUGGAGGAGGUGGACGGGGUAGUGGUGGCUGGGGUCGGGGGUUACUGGCAUGAUGUCAACAUCGGCUCCGUCUUCAACCUCACCAUCGCCGCCCCCGUAGUCGCGGAAAAUCUCCGACUACGAGAGAAGCUGGGCGCGGGGUCCCUGACGGUGAAGCACCCCAACGAGACGAGCGUCCUGCGCCAGACGAAGGUAUCACGGCUUGAUCGACGGAGCCUGGUGGUCACCAGAGGCAGCAACCUGGUCCUCAGCGACACGCUUGGCCUUAUGGCCGCCAAGGACGCCAUCAUCCUCGAGGAGAACGCCUCUCUUAAAGUCGUCAGACCUACCUUCCUCCUCCCGACCUACGGCAUCAUCUCUGCUGUCUCCAGAAACCAGGUGACAGUGCAGGAGCCCACAUCCCCAAGCAUGGUCCACGUCCGGGCUCCGGCUCUCUUCGUAGGCGACGUCAAUAACCUCACGGUCACCAACGUCCACAGCUCACCCUUCUGCCGUAAAGUCCUGCUCUUCGACCAGAUCUGCAACUUUUCCAGCGCUCCAGAGGGGGAGGUGAUCGUCGACCUGACGGACGGACAGUUCAACCACCGCACCGUCGUCACCUUCGCCGCCUCAGUCCUCAUCUACCCGUCAUGCAUCGAGAAGUUAAUUCUGAUGGACGUGGUUAAUGCUACUACGGUGGAUAACGGAAGGGACUGCCAGACGUGGCUGGAGGCGACGGGCGUCCACUUCACUAACAUCACCUCCGGGGUCCUGGAUGUCACCCUUACUAAAUGCACCGUCGACCUCCUCUCCCCCGACCGCACCCUUAGAGACGUUGACCUGGAGGACAGCACAGUGGCAAAGGUCUCUGGGGUUCACUGGACCGGCUUCACUGGUAUCUUCAACAACUCCAAGUUAGGUCAGGUGGAGGGCAUGCAAGCCGGCAGUCGUAUGAUAAUGGCUAACUGCACUGUUGGAACACUCCUUGCAGGCGGCCUCACCAUCGAGGCCGAGGGAAUUAUUUCUAAUAGCACUAUACAAAAUGUUAUGGCUGGUGGAAUCACUAUUAAGAAGCUGUCGCAUAUACAGGACGUCACCUUCGGCACACUAGCCAAAGGCGCCAUCGUUGUUACCGAUGGUCUGCUGUUGCUCUCCAAUGUCACCAUUGAAGUUGCGGACGAGGCUAGCAUUGUUGCCCACAAAAAUGGCGGCGUAUCUUUCAAUAACGUGACCGUGUCUGGCAAGGCAGUCCAUUGGCUCGGCUACCUCGCUGACCCUCUUGUGCCUCGCGAGAAUUCCCUUGUAUUUCUAAACAAAUAUUUUAAUGACGGUAAUAAAAGUGUUUCCUCCGUAGCUAGUACCACUCCCAGUAAACCCACCACCACCAGCACUACCAGCACUACCACCUCUACCACCUCUACCAGCAGUUCGUCACUUCGUCAUACGACGAAAUCGCCAGAGAUCAUCCCAAGCUUGGUCACUCCGGACAUGUUGGUGGCUUCUGGCGACUCUUCGUGGAAGUGGGCCGUUGCGGGAAUUGGAUUCUUCGUGGGUCUCCUGGCUGGUUGCUGCAUAUUCAUCGCCGUCAAAGUCGUUAAACCAAACAAGGGUCGACUACUUAUGCCCACAGUCUUCUGGAAAGUGAAAGACGACCAUCAUGAACUGUUACAGGAGGAGCAGCCUGGCGGAGAACUCAUGGCUAUAAGAAGGGAUCAGGGCUAUCGUUCCGUCCCAGGUUCAGACGUCUUCUAACCUAUCUUCAGUAAUCCCUCGUUCCAGGCUUUAAUAUAUAAAUUUAAGUUGUCUAAACUUUGUACCAGACUUCGAUGCCUUCUAUUGAAAUUGAAAUAAGUUUAUUGAGG